GUUACCGAUGGAGAAAGGUUGCCUGUGGCUGUUAAAGAGUUGGGUACCUGUGAUCUUUAUCCACAAAGCUUGAAGCACAAUCCUAAUGGGCGGUUUGUGGUAGUCUGUGGUGACGGGGAGUAUAUCAUCUACACGGCUUUGGCUUGGAGAAAUAGGUCAUUUGGUUCUGGACUGGAAUUUGUAUGGUCAUCCGACGGGGAGUGUGCCGUUAGAGAAAGCUCAUCAAAGAUUAAGACAUUUAGCAAAAAUUUCCAGGAAAAAAAGAGCAUCCGCCCUACUUUCUCAGCUGAGAAGAUCUUUGGAGGAACCUUGUUAGCUAUGUGUUCAAAUGAUUUCAUCUGCUUUUAUGAUUGGGCUGAAUGUAGGCUGAUUCAACGUAUUGACGUCACUGUAAAGAAUCUUUAUUGGGCUGACAGUGGUGAUUUAGUAGCCAUUGCUAGUGAUACGUCUUUCUACAUCUUGAAGUACAACCGGGAUUUAGUUUCCUCACAUUUUGAGAGCGGAAGAUCUACUGAGGAAGAAGGUGUUGAGGAUGCUUUUGAGGUUCUACAUGAGAAUGAUGAACGAGUUAGGACAGGUAUAUGGGUUGGUGACUGUUUCAUUUACAACAACUCUUCCUGGAAGCUUAACUACUGUGUUGGAGGCGAGGUAACCACAAUGUAUCAUUUGGACCGCCCAAUGUAUCUGUUGGGCUAUCUUGCAAAUCAAAGUCGGGUAUUCUUGGUAGACAAAGAAUUCAAUGUUAUAGGAUACACUUUGCUACUAAGCCUGAUUGAGUACAAGACUCUUGUGAUGCGAGGUGAUCUAGACAGAGCCAGUGAAAUCUUGCCUACAAUUCCUAAAGAACAGCAUAACAGUGUUGCUCAUUUCUUGGAGUCACGAGGAAUGAUUGAAGAGGCUCUGGAAAUUGCGACAGAUCCUGACUACAAAUUUGAGUUGGCCAUACAACUGGGUAGACUUGAAAUUGCGCAGGAAAUCGCUGUAGAAGUACAGAGCGAGUCUAAGUGGAAGCAAUUAGGAGAGUUAGCCAUGUCCUCUGGAAAGCUGCAAAUGGCAGAGGAAUGCAUGAAGUAUGCGAUGGAUUUGAGUGGUUUGUUACUGCUAUAUUCUUCUCUGGGAGAUGCAGAAGGUUUGACAAAACUUGCAACACUUGCUAAAGACCAAGGGAAGAACAAUGUUGCCUAUCUUUGCCUAUUCAUGCUGGGUAAAUUGGAAGAUUGUUUGGACUUAUUGGUGGAGAGCAACCGGAUACCAGAAGCUGCUCUGUUCGCAAGAUCAUAUCUUCCAAGCAAAGUAUCUGAGAUAGUAGCUCUAUGGAGGAAAGAUCUCAGCAAGAUUAACCCGAAAGCAGCAGAAUCUUUGGCUGAUCCUGAGGAGUACUCAAAUCUUUUUGAAGAUUGGCAAGUUGCUCUUUCCGUCGAAGAAAAAGCUGCAGAGACAAGGGGAGUUUAUACAUCUGCAGAAAACUAUCCUAGCCAUGCUGAUAGAUCUUCGAUGACCCUCGUGGAAGCCUUUAGAAACUUGCAAGCUGAGGAAGAGGAAUUACUCGAAAAUGGAGAUAUCGAUCAUGAGGAGGCAGUAGCGGAAGAAAAUGGAGGAGAUGAACAAAAGAAGGAUGGGGAUGUUGUAGAGGAGCAUCAUGAAGAAAAGGAAGAAGAAGAAGGAGUCGUUGAUGGUGACUCAACGGAUGGAGCUGUACUUGUGAACGAAAGUGAGGCUGACGAAGAGUGGGGUACGAAUAAUGAAGGAAACCCAUCCGCCUAA